AAUGACUGGAAUAUUCACUGGACCGAUAACCCAUCAAAGCCACUUGACCGCUGGAGCAUGAUUCCAAGCGAUAAACAACCUUUGGAGCGUGUGAUUGUUCCUGAAAUGGAACCUGAACCUCCGAGCGAUAUACGUGUUGGUACGGAUAUCAAUGGCGAAACAGUUUUGGACUUCAAGCCAGCGCAUGCCACACAACCGAUCAAAAAAUAUAUAAUCAAAUAUUGGCCGGACGGCAAUCCCGAAGCGGUAAUGUUCAUGGAGACGCCAUUCAAUGUGACGGACCAGAUUGUGUUUGCAAAAUUCGAUGAUGGAGAUAACCUUCCAAGUGAAGAAACGAAAGUCCGUACACCUUCCGGAGAUAUUGAGUGCGACUGCGCGCAUGCCUGCAUGUUCGAAGAAAACGAGGAAGGUGCAAUAACUGCAUCAUGCUACUGUCAUAAUGGCUUCAAACUGUCAGACGAUCAGAGAUCGUGCGAGCAAGUGGACGAGGAUGAGGGAAGUAGCAUCGUUACGCCACCUACGCUUCUCCCCGAACUCGAACAUCCGAAAGAACUGUCUACCAAACCAACUAUUUUUGAAGACCGGAUACCGAUACCGGAAGACGAAUUGAAGCGGCGACCUGUACCAACCGAUGAAUAUGGAAGGGCGAUAUGGCCAGAUGGUCAGCUUGUUGCUACGGAUAGCAGCGGAAGACCGGUUGGCCUUGAUUCAUCACCGCUUCCGACCGAUUUAGAAGGACGUGUCAUGUAUAUUGUAACUGAGAAACCAUCGCAAUUUUAUGCAACUGACGAAUUGGGACGAGUUUUGCCAGCGGUUUUUGGUCCGGAUGGUAUACCGCUGCCUACGAAUGAAUACGGCCAGUCAGUGAAUAAUCUUGGUCGCCCGGUUGACCGGGACGAUCAUGGGCGGCCGUUAGGCCCUGAUGGAUUGCUUUUACCAAAAAACCAUAGAGGCGAGUACGUUUAUCCGAUACUUGGGGAAGACGGGUGGCCGUUACCCACGGAUGCUAACUGGCGGCCCAUCUAUCCGGUUGUGGGACCGGAUUAUCAACCUUUAAAGACCAACGAAGAGGGAUUGAGCAUCGAUAAACAUGGUCGCGUGAUACCAACUGAUAUUUCUGGACGACCAGUGAGUGUUGACGGAUCACCAUACCCCACGGACGAACACGGCCGGUUUGUUGUCUUUAGCUCGGAAGAGGAAGAUGGUGUGUAUCCACAUGCGCUGCCCACCGAUGAGCUUGGACGAACAAUCUAUCCAGUAGUUUAUCCGGAUGGCUCACCAUUACCGACUACAGAUGGUGGACGGUAUACGGACGAACAUGGUCAGCUGAUCCCAACCAAUGAUGCCGGCCUGCCUUUGGAUGAAAGAGGUAAACUUUUAUCGAUAGAUGCCGAUGGGAAAUUUGUCUUUGUUGGCGAUUAUGUAUUACCAACCGACUCCAGUGGUAAACCGGUGAAGGUCCAGUAUAAAGGAAAACCUCUGAAAAGCGAUAAAAUCGGACAUAUUAUUGGACCGGAUGGGCAAGUGAUUCCAGUUAAUGAUUACGGGCAGCCGGUUGAUGAAAGCAACAGCGUAUUUCCCACUAGGUCGGAUGGUGUCUUCAUACUGCCGGUAACCAAAGAAGGGGGAACGGUAGCUUCUAGUGUUGAGAAAAAGCGAAUGGGCCAACCAGUGGACAUAAUCGGACCCGAUGGAAAUUUACUACCGACCGCUGAAGAUGGACGUGUCUUAGAUCUUUUUGGAAGGGUAAUACCGACAAAUGACGCAGGCUCUCCAGUGAAUUACCGAAACGAGCCUUUGCCAACCGACACUGAUGGAAGAGCAAUUUAUCCAAAGGAUGGCCUGGAUCAACAGCUACCACCAACCGACCCGCACGGAAGACCGGUUUAUCCAGUAAUUGGCCCAGAUGGCGAACUGUUACCGAGAGGUGCUGAUGGAGCAGUUGUUGAUCAGAAUGGACAACCACUGCCAACCAAUCCGGCUGGAAUCCCGGUAGACCGAAGAGGACGACCUCUACCUACCGACCGCACUGGUUCUAUCAUUUAUCCGGCGCAAGGGUUGGACGCUGAGCAGCUUCCUACCGACAGCAGCGGUAAGCCAGUUUACUCAGUGAUUGGACCUGAUGGAAGCUUGCUACCACGAGAUCGAGAAGGCAGAGUUAUCGCUUCAGAUGGCAGGCCACUACCAACGAAUGCUGCUGGUUUCCCGGUAGACGAGCGUGGAAAGCCUUUACCGACCGAUCGAAAUGGUUACGUGAGAUACCACGAAGAAACAAAAAGACCAAGUAAACUAACAUAUACCGUCAUCGGACCGGACGGAGUACCACUGAGGGCAAGCGAGAAUGGUAUUUUGGUUGACCCAGAUGGCGAACCUUUGCCGACGGAUACUUCCGGUUACCCCGUGGAUCGCCGAGGAAGACCGCUGCCACGCGACCGAACUGGCAAUAUUAUUUAUCCAGCCAGCGGUAUUGAUGCGGAACCUCUUCCAACAGAUCGCAGCGGCCGACCAGUUUAUUUGGUUAUUGGGCCUGAUGGUGGUCUCUUACCGCGUAACCAUGACGGAGCUGUAGUGGACAGAAGUGGCCGGCCGAUACCUACAAAUGCAGCCGGUGUUCCUGUUGAUUAUCGCGGAAGGCCACUGCCUGUUGAUCGUAACGGUUAUGUAAUUUAUCCGACGGAAGGUUAUGAACCACAAACAUCGGCAACCGACAGAACCGGAAAGCCAGUAUACACCAUUUUAGGUCCAAAUGGUAAGCCGCUACCGCAAAAUGCUGAUGGAAUGGUAGUUGACCCGUAUGGUAGACCGAUACCGACGGAUUCUAGUGGAUAUCCAACUGAUAAUCAUGGCAAUCCGCUGGCACGAGAUCUUGCCGGUAACGUUAUAUAUCCAAUCGGAGGUUUAGAUGCCGAACCGGUGCCAACCGAUAAAAACGGACGACCUGUAUAUCCAGUGCUUGGGCCGGAUGGUGAGCUGCUACCAACGAAUGACUACGGAGAAGUUGUGGAUCCACGUGGCAGACCGCUGCCAACCAAUGCUGCUGGGGUUCCAGUUGAUCAUCGAGGAAGACUAUUAACAAGAGACCGUUACGGCAACAUCAUUUAUCCAGCUGUUGGUCCAGAUUCUGAGCCUCUUCCAACUGAUCGUAUGGGGAAACCGGUCUAUACGAUUGUUGGACCAGAUGGAGAACCGUUACCAACCGACAAUAGUGGUUCCGUUUUGGAUCCGUGGGGACGGCCGGUUCCAACAAAUAUCGCAGGAGUGCCAGUGGAUCGAAGAGGAAAACCGCUGCCAAGAGAUACUACCGGCAAUGUUAUUUAUCCCGUAACUGUUCAAGAUAUCGAGACACUUCCUACAGACCGGACUGGCCGCCCAGUUUACCCGGUAAUUGGCCCAGACAAUAGACCGCUAUCUCGAAAUGCUGACGGUGUUGUAGUUGCUCCAGACGGCAGGCCAAUACCGACUAACCGUGCCGGAGUUCCUGUAGACGAGGUGGGUCGAGUACUGCCCACAGACGAAACGGGUUCAUUUUUAUAUAAGAAGCAAAGUAUGCCAACAGGUAGCACCGUAAGGCAAUUGUAUCCAGUAAUUGGUCCAGACGGUCAACCACUGCCAACGAAUGCUGAUGGAGCAGUGCUUGAUCCAGACGGGAAACCGAUUCCAACCAAUCAGGAAGGCGUUCUAAUCAACAAUCGCGGCGAGCCGUUACCUCGCGAUCACUACGGUAAUAUUAUCUAUCCUGAUGGUGGAUUAGACGCUGCAGUUCUUCCCACCGAUGCUUAUGGUAAACCAGUUUACCCCGUCAUUGGCCCAAGCGGAGAACUGCUACCUCGUGGUUCUAGUGGAGAAGUGCUGGAUUUAUACGGAAGACCUCUGCCAACAAACAUUGCCGGUGUUCCGAUUGAUCAGCAAGGGCGUCCGCUACUGAAAGAUAAAUCCGGACAAAUGCUGUAUCCAACCGGUGGAAUUUACGGAGAAUUGCUGCCAACAGACAGAACUGGAAAGCGAGUGUAUCCCGUAAUUAGUCCGGAUGGUGAAUUGCUGCCUCAUAACGAAGCUGGUGCCGUGGUUGACCAGUAUGGGAAUCCGAUUCCAACAAAUGAUGACGGCUUCCCGAUUGAUAACCGAGGACGGCCACUGCCUAGAGAUAGAACCGGGGUUGUCCUUUUUCCGGACCACGGUUUGGAUGGUGAGCCACUUCCUACUGAUAGAAUUGGAAAACCAGUUUAUCCGGUAAUUGGUCCUGAUGGAGAACCACUGGCAACAAAUAAAGAUGGGAACGUCGUAGAUCCGCAUGGACGUCCACUGCCUACCAAUGCUGCUGGCGUACCUGUUGACAAGAGAGGUAGACCGCUCCCUAAGGACCACACGGGUACUUUGGUUUAUCCUGCGCGUGGUAUUGAUGGUGAGCCACUACCAACCGACCAAAGCGGGAAACCGGUUUAUCCGAUUGUUGGACCUGAUGGAAAACUGUUGCCACAUGACCGCACUGGAGCAGUUUUAGAUCCGUCCGGUCGACCGGUACCUACGAAUGCUGCCGGUAUUCCGGUUGACAGUAAGGGACGGCCACUGCCGAGAGACCGGGACGGCAAUGUGAUUUAUCCAGCUGGUGGACCCGACGCGUCUCCGCUUCCAACUGAUCGUAGUGGAAGACCAGUGUAUCCGGUGGUUGGGCCGGAUGGCGAACUUUUACCACGAAAUGCUGAUGGUAAUGUUCUUGAUCCCGCAGGAAGACCAAUACCGACAAAUGCCGCCGGGAUUCCAGUGGAUGAUUAUGGAAGGCCAUUGCCAAGAGACCGAGAAGGCAAUGUCGUUUAUCCAGCAAAAGGUUUGGAUACAGAACCGCUUCCUACAGACUUCAGCGGAAAACCUGUUUACCCUGUGAUAGGUCCAGAUGGAAAACUAUUAGGGACUGAUCGAACUGGAGCUGUAGUGGAUUCGCAUGGACGACCGUUACCAACAAACAUUGCAGGAGUUCCUAUAAAUGAAUAUGGUGAACCGCUUCCAACUGACCGUGAGGGAAAUGUGUUGUAUUCGUCUGGUCCAGAAAUAGCUCUCAGCACACGCCCAAGUCUUCUGGUCAUUGGUCCAGAUGGAAAGCCAUUGCCAACAUCCGAGGACGGAAUGGUGAUUGGGCCAGAUGGAAGACUUAUACCAACAAGUAAGACUGGAAUCUUGCUUAAUUACCGUGGACAGCCACUGCCAAAGGAUAAGGACGGUAACAUCAUUUAUCCAGCCAAAGGCCUUCGAGCUGAAAUGCAGCCGACUGAUAAAAGUGGAAGGCCGGUUUACACUGUUAUUGGGCCAAACGGAGAACCGCUGAUGACGAAUGCGGAUGGGGCGGUUGUUGGACCUGAUGGCGGACCGCUUCCAACCAAUGCUGCCGGUUUUCCUGUGAACAACAGAGGUGAAGUGCUUCCCACUGAUCGAAGUGGCAACGUCUUAUAUCCGGCAACCGGCCUUGACAAACAAUUACCUGCGACAGAUAAAAGCGGGAUACCGGUGUAUCCUGUAAUAGGCCCGGAUGGGAAACCACUACCAACAACCGCGGAUGGUGCUGUUGUCGGCCCGGAUGGCCGUAUUUUACCAAUCAACGCAGCUGGAGUGCCAACGAACCAUCGUGGUGAGCAGUUACCUAAAGAUAUGCAUGGCAAUUUCAUUUAUCCGGCAACCGGUCUCGAUGUUGAGCUACCGGCCACUGACGAAACAGGAAAGCCGAUUUACAGCGUUAUCGGUAUGAAUGGUGAACCGCUACCUACUGGUGAGGAUGGAACUAUUAUUGGUCCGAAUGGAUCACCGUUACCGACCAAUGAAGUUGGUGUACCGCUUGAUGAAUAUGGAAAACCACUGCCAACUGAUGACAAAGGAAAUCUGAUCUAUCGGAAAAAAAUCAGACCAACAGACGACCAAGGGCUACCGGUAUAUUCAGUGAUUGGGCCAGACGGUGAAUUACUACCAACCGACGAAUCCGGCAAAGUCAUGGGCCCGGACGGCCAUCCUAUAGCGGUGGAUAGUCAAGGAAGACCUAUUAACAGACAUGGCGAACCACUGCCUACGGACCGCUCUGGAAAUGCCAUUUAUCCGGCCAAGAGUUUUGACGGUGAACUGCUUCCAACUGAUACUAAUGGCCGACCAGUUUAUCCGGUUUUUGGUCCUGACGGUCAAGUUUUGCCAACAGACGAACAAGGUUUGCCAGUUGAUGAGAAAGGGAAGCCUUUGCCUACCAAUGCUGCGGGUAUACCGGUUGAUGAUCAUGGACAGCCGCUACCUACGGAUAUAGGCGGUAACAUAGUGUAUGAGGAAGAAGCAGAGAAGCUUUUGCCAGUGGAUAAGUUUGGCAAGCCGGUGUACCUGGUUAUUGGACCAGACGGAGAACCUCUGCCUACAAAUGAUAACGGCGUCGUUAUAGGUCCAGAUGGUCAACCAAUUCCAACAAAUCAGGCAGGAAUUCCGGUUGAUUAUCGUGGCAGGCCAUUACCGAAGGAUGUUGACGGAAACGUCUUUUAUCCUCAGAGGGGCUUAGAUGUUGAACCGGUUCCAACUGAUUCAAGUGGGCGGCCGGUAUACCCGGUUGUUGGGUCGGAUGGUGAGCUGUUUUCAACAAAUAUUGAUGGUGCAGUUGUGGAUAAGAAGGGGGAAGCAAUACCGACAAAUGCAGCAGGUAUACCUGUUGACAAGAAAGGUAUCCCGUUAUCGACUGAUUCUACCGGGUAUUUCAUUUAUCCGCAUGUAAUCGUCGUGGAGCACCCUACAGACAAAAGUGGAAGACAUGUGUAUGCAGUCAUCGGCCCAGAUGGCGAUCUGCUACCUCAGGGUCAAGAUGGCACAAUCCUGGACCCUGCAGGUAGAACAAUUCCAACUGAUGAAACUGGUCAUCCUGUUGACAGCCGAGGCCGACCUUUGCCAAAGGGUCCUGACGGGAUUAUAAUAUAUCCUGCAAGAGGCGUGGAUGUGGAACCACUGCCUACUGAUAGAAGCGGAAGACCAAUUUAUCCUGUUGUUGGACUGGACGGAGCACCAUUGGAACGAAAUGAAGAGGGCCGACCUGUGGACAGUGAGGGCAGACCGAUUCCGACGAACGCUGCAGGCGUACCGAUUGCUGAUGAUGGUAAGCCAUUGCCGACGGAUGCACAGGGCAAUGCAUUGUAUCAGAUUUCAACAACUCUUGUACCAGGCCGAUUGCGGCGGCCAUUGAUUGGGCCAGACGGAGUGCCCCUGGUCACCGAUAGCGAUGGUUCUGUUUUUGGACUUGAUGGUGAAUUGCUGCCAACUGAUGACAGUGGAUGGCCUCUGGACAAAGAAGGUCGGCCAAUGCCAACUGAUGCUUCUGGCAAUAUUAUCUAUCCGGUUACACUGCCAGAUGGCUCACCGUUGCCAACUGAUAAACACGGAAGACCAGUUUAUCCAGUAAUUGGGCCUAAUGGUCAAAGCUUGCCAACAAACGAGGAUGGUUUAGUUGUUGGACUGGAUGGUAUCCCACUGCCAACCAACGCUGCAGGAAGACCGAUUGGCCAAGAUGCUUCACCGCUUCCAACUGAUGAGUUCGGCCGCAUCAUUCACCUCCCCCCGGAACCACCGCAACCAACACUGGCUACGAACGAAUAUGGGCAUAUCAUUUAUCCGAUUGUUGAUAGCGAUGGGAAACCACUGGAAAAAGACCACAGCGGAGCGUAUGUCACUCGAAAUGGAAUUCCGGUUGAACUAAACGAAAAUUAUCUUCCCAUCGAUCCGGAUGGUAACGUACUACCAACUGACUCCGCGGGCAACUACGUUUUCCCGGAUCUGGAUGCGCUAGGUAAACCGUUACCAACAGAUCGAGCCGGUCGACCAGUGCACCCAGUUAUUGGACUAGAUGGGCAACCUCUUCCGACGGCUCCUGGCGGAGGAGUUGUUGGCCCUGAUGGUCUUCCGCUACCUACUAGCAAAUCGGGAAAACCAAUUGGACCGGACGGCGAGCUGUUACCGACAGAUAAUGAGGGACGUUUUAUCUUCAAGGCAAAAACAGCCGAAGCAGUUGCAACGGAGCUUGUCGGCAUUGUUGAAGGUGAUUCCGGGCGUCUACUACCCACCACUGACGGCGGCUUUUAUGUUCGAGAAGACGGGUCAGUCAUUCCAACCGGACCCGGAGGUGUUCCGAUGGAUGAGCAGGGCCGGGUCUUACCUACUAAUGAACGUGGCGUUUACGUACUAACACCAAGAAUAUUGCCGAAGUUAAAACCGUAUCGCAUCGUUGAUGAACGGAACAGACCGUUGCCUACAGACGAAGCUGGAAACUUUUUGGGUCGUGAUGGGCAGCCAGUAGCCGAAAAUGAAGACGGAAAACCUGUGUCGGCUAAUGGGGUAGUCUUGCCAACCAGUGAAACAGGCUAUUACAUAUUCGAUACAACUCGUCAAAAAUCAGAAGUGCCGGAUCAGAGAGGAAAACCGAAAGUUGUUGAUACCGUAAGAAGACCUUUGCCAACUGAAAAAGAUGGAGGUGUCACUGGUCCUGACGGGCAGCUACUUCCGACUGAUGAAUUCGGACUGCCGCUGGAUUUAGAGGGACAAAUACUUCCAACUGAUACUGAGGGUAAUCUGGUUUUGGAUACUGUUCAAAAGACUGCAUCGACCGUUUCGCAAGGUAUUUAUGGGCCUGCAGGUCAGCUGUUACCUACUGAUGAGGAUGGCCAGUUCGUUUUGGAAGAGGGUCGAAAGAUACCAACAGACAAAAAUGGACGUCCGCUGGGACCGGAUGGAGAAAUUUUGCCAACAGACGAGUACGGUGCCUACAUCUACCCAGUACUACAACCAGAUGGAGAACCAUACCCGACCGAUGCUCGACAUCGGCCUAUAUAUCCAGUCAUUGGCCCUAACGGUGAGCCAUUACCGACAAACAGUGAAGGUUUGGCAGUGGACAUAAAAAGCGGACGACCGCUUCCUACCAAUCGUGCUGGACAACCAUUGGAUGAGGAUGGUUUUGCGCUGCCGACUGAUCCCAUUGGAAAUGCUAUCCUGCUUCCGAAGAAGGAAAACUGCAGCACCCAUGAAGGUGUAAUGGACAUAGUGGUGGCAGUUAACGUAGAAGUCUUGGAUCGCGUAAGCUUCGAUCACGUAAAGAAUGUGAUCCAUUAUUUAGUGGAUAAGUAUUUCAACCUUGCACCGGAUAUGACGCAGUUCGCUGUGAUCAAAUACAGUGGUACCGCCGAAGUACCAGUCACUCUGGGAGGCUACAACGAAAAAGCGGAAUUGUUGCAAGAUUUAAGCCAGAUUGAAGUUGAUCAAUUCAAGGAGCAUUCCAGAUUCAUCGUUGGCGUCAGUGCGGCCAAGCAGCAAUUUGUGUCAUUUGGUAGGGAUGGAGCUGGCAAACUGUUAUUGGUAAUAACCGACGGCCAGGACAUAUAUCCGGACGAUCAUGCUGACGACAAUUUUCCUAUCCUUGUUGUUGGAACUACUGAAUUUGAAGAAGAAAUCAAAGAUCGAACUGAUUCCUACAUUCUUGUUGAUACGUGGAAGGAGCUAGAAGCAGAAACCAUCGCGAAAAUGAUCGAAGAAGAAUGCAGGACUGGGAAAAUUCCAAUACCAACAACCAGAGUACCGCCAAAGUGGAAGGCUGGAGAGUUCGAGCAUCUCGAUGGCUCACCGCUUCCAACUGAUGAACACGGUCGAGUUUUCAGGCCACCAGCCACCCAGCCAACUGUUCUAGCUACUGAUCAAUACGGUCACGUUAUCUACCCAAUUCAGGAUCCAGCUGGAAAGGCGUUGCCCACCAAUGAAGCCGGUUUAGUCGUGAAUCGAUUUGGAGAACCAGUUGAGUUCAACGAUUACGGAAAACCAAUUGGUCCGGACAAGGAUCCGUUACCAACUGACAAAUCCGGUGUGUACAUUUACCCGGCUCUUGAUAACUACGGAAAACCACUACCCACUGAUUCCAACAAACGUCCAGUUUACAAAGCGAUUAACUCACGGGGAGAACCAUUGCCAACAAAUGACAAUGGCAUACCGAUAGGUGCAAGUGGGCUGCCUCUUCCUACAGACUCAUUUGGGCGAUACAUCGACCCACAGGGCUCGCCAUAUCCGUUUGAUACUGAAUAUAAUGUUAUUGUUGAUGUUAGGGAAAAGACAGUACGCCCAACUGACUCCGCUGGAUUCUUUUUAUAUCCCGUUGUCGGGCCAGAUAAAGUACCGCUGUCGACGGAUGUGUCUGGAAGGUACAUCGAUGGUGCGGGACGGCCAGUAGAUCGGGAUGAUAGCGGGAAACCACUUGGUCCAGACGGCGAACCUCUUCCUACGAAUGAAUAUGGUAUGUACGUCUAUCCAAAGCUUGACUACGAUGGAAAGCCUCUGCCAACUGAUUUGAAUAAAAGGCCUAUUUAUCCUGUGGUCAAAUCUGAUGGUGAACUACUACCAACCAAUGAAGAAGGACUACCGAUUGCACUAGAUGGCUCGAUAAUGCCCACUGAUUAUGCUGGGCGACCUCUCUAUACUCCAGGUGGCAAACCACUACCUUCUGAUGAAUAUGGUCGGAUUUACUUCCAGGGGCCCGAUGGAGAAUUACUAGCAACCGAUGAAACCGGAGAAUUUGUGGAUAGCCGAGGAAGACAACUGCCAAUUGAGGUGGACUUCGCGGGCAAACCAAUCGGUGCCAAAAUAGAGCCGGAUCAGAUACCAAGUGGACAAAAACCGGUUGUCAUCGAUUUGUUUGGCAGGCCGUUGCCCACAAAUGAAUAUGGGGACGCGGUAUAUCCGGAUGGGACAGUGAUACCAACCGACAGUUCCGGUCAGCCCAUUGGUCUGGGCGGUUCUGUGAUGCCUGUGGAUCAUCGAGGUCGGUACAUUUCGGAUUACCUACCGGACGCAACAGAUUUGCGGGAGCCGGAUUUGCUUGCUGAAGCGUCAGCAUGUGAUAAAGUAAAAGAAGUGGCAAAUAUCAUCUUUAUGGUAGAAUCCUCGGAUGCAACCAGAUCAAAACUUAACGAAAUCAAGCAUUCGCUGCUUGAUUUCAUCCGGCGUAACAUCGACUGGCAAAUUGCUAAAGUCGGGAUGAUUGCUUAUGGAAGUACCGUGGAUGUGAAUAUGGAUAUCGGCAACUACCGGAGCUACAAGGAUUUGGAAGAUUCAGUCCGAAAUUUACCGUUUAUUGGUGGUGCCUCAUCCGGCGAUGAGCACGCAAUGAGAACCGCGUUGCAGCUGUUCCGUGAAAAAUACGACAGUGAUAAUGGGGAAUUGAUUGUGCACAUCUACAGAACACCUAUAAGCAAAAGUGCGCAGAUACUGGCAAGCCACUUAAGAGUGAACGAGACAAUUUCAAUCAUAUCACUGGGACCAGAUCAGUGGUACCGGUUGAAAGAUGACCGGGAAAUUAAGAAGCUUCGAAGCGAUAUUUGCUUGAUGCUUAUGAAGAGCCAUUUAGCACAAACCAGAAAACCCACUGGAAUCCCGAGAACCACGAAAAAGCCCGCUGAUGUCUUCCCAAAAUUUAUCUUCACUGAUAAAGACUCGGAAAUGAAUGGUGAAGGUAUUCCGAUUCCGACAAAUGUAUUUGGCUAUCCGAUCGACUCAGAUGGAAAUAUUCUGCCAACAGACGAAGACGGCUUCUUCAUUUACGAAGCUGUAGGACCAGAUGGGCAGCUACAUCCAACACGGAUCAUGAAAAAACCAACAGUGAUUGGUUCCUACGGUAAACCGCUACCAACUGUUCUCUACCCGAUCGUUGAUCCGGACGGAAGACUGUUUUCUACUGACAGUUCUGGUGUUUCAUUUGAUUCCUUAGGGAGGCCAAUUGCAUAUAACGAUGAUGGAAUCCCAAUUGGUCCGGAUGGCAGGCCUUUAUCAAAAGAUGAUUUGGGACGUUAUGUCUAUCCUAUUAUUGGCCCUGAUGGUAUACCACUGCCAACAGACGCAAAUAAACGGCCAGUGUAUCCCGUCGUUGGUCCAAAUGGACAACUGUUACCAACGGACGGAAGCGGGCAAGUAGUCGAUUCUUCCGGAAAACCGAUACCCACUGAUAGAAGCGGAAGGCCGGUUGACAUUCGUGGAUCUCCCCUUUUGACGGACAGCAGUGGUCGCUUCAUCUACGAUGAAGAUCAAACAGCAAAGGUGCUGCCAACGGACGAAAGUGUUCAUGUAGUGUACCGAAUAAUUGGGCCAGAUGGAAGCCCGUUACCUACGGAUGAAUCUGGAAAAUCCGUGGAUGCUUUCGGGAACCCAGUACUGCUUGACGGUGCCGGAAAGCCUAUUGCUCCGGAUGGAAAACCUCUUCCGACGGACAACUACGGUAAUUUUGUGUAUCCAGCAACUGGGCCAGAUGGACAGGCAUUACCAACAGAUCGGUACAGGCGGCCGAUUUAUCCAGUUUUGGGGCCAGACGACAAGUUACUGCCAACCAAUGAUGACGGUUUGGUAUUGAAACCGGAUGGAGAUAUGGUACCUACAGAUCGCAGUGGAAGACCGAUAGGUAUCGACGGAUCACCUUUACCAACUGACGCACGAGGUCGAUUCAUUCUAAAAAAAGCUGAAAUUGCAGGAGAAUUGCCAACCGAUGAAAGUGGACAUCUAAUAUAUCCGAUUGUAGGGCCGGAUGGUGAGCCGCUAUCAACUGAUAGUUCGGGUGUAUAUUAUGAUCGUUACGGAAAUGCGGUAAUUUUCGACGAUUUUGGGAAGCCGCUCGGACCGGACGGUGAACCUUUGCCAAUUGAUUCCUCUGGCCAUUACCAUUUCCCAGCUACUGGUCCAGAUGGUAAAGCGCUGCCCACAGAUGAAAACAAAAGGCCAGUUUACCCGAUUAUUGGACCAGAUGGGAAUCUGCUUCCAACGGACGAAAGUGGCUCUCUGAUUGGCCCGGAUGGCAAGCCGAUUUCGACUAAUGAAUAUGGUAAACCAGUGUCUGUUGAUGGGUCACCACUUCCGACUGAUUCGCAGGGUCGGUUUUUGGCUGGUAUUGGGCAGCAGAUCGGAAAAACCCUACCCACAGACGAAUAUGGACACAUAAAGUAUGUAAUAACCAGUCCUGAUGGUGUGUUGCUGGCAACUGAUGAUUCCGGAGCGUUCAUGGAUUCAUUUGGAAGAGUGAUACCUACUGACUAUUCUGGAGUACCUCUAGGCCCUCAGGGUAAAGUGUUACCGACAGACGAGUAUGGUCGAUAUAUCUAUCCAGCUGCAGGACCAAACGGAAAAGUUCUUGUAACUUCAAAAGAACCUACUGUUUCUACCACGGAGGCCACUGCUGUGGUGGCUGUUACUGUUGUACCAACUGACGAGCAAGGAUUCUAUAUUUAUCCAGGACUUGCACCAGACAAGACACCUUUAUCACUUGAUGAGCAGAAAAAACGCCCAAUCACCGUCCUCGAUUCAGCUGGUCGGCCAAUGCCCACAGAUGAAAACGGAAGUGUAACUGGGCCGGAUGGUGGACCAUUACCUACAGACAGUUUCGGACGACCUGUUGCCGCAGAUGGCUCACCACUUCCAACAGAUGAAGAUGGCAAUUUCCUUUUUGCCGGAAGGAAAAUUUUCUAUCCUGUUGUUGGGCCGGAUGGCGAACCGCUGCCAACCGACGAUUCGGGUAGGCCGUUGGAUUCUCGAGGCAAUCCAAUUGCAACGAGUAGCAGCGGAAUGCCUCUCCAUCCAGACGGCAAACCGCUGCCGACCGAUGAUAAUGGUAAUUAUAUAUACCCAGUGAUCGGACUUGAUGGGAAACCGCUUCCAACGGACAAACGUGGAAAACCAAUAUACACUGUUAUUGGAUCAAAUGGUGAGCCACUUCCAACCGAUGUAUCUGGUGCUGCGAUUGGUUUGAAUGGUGAACUGCUUCCAACAGACAGCGCUGGAAGACCGGUAGAUUCUGAAGGGCAUCCGUUACCAACUGAUGAUUAUGGACAUUAUCUCGAGAGGAAACCCAAGAAGUUUGCCCCAACUGAUAGAUAUGGGAGACCGUUAUAUGUAGUUGACCGAAAUGGCGAACCCUUACCAACCGACGAUCAGGGAUCUCCUGUAGACUUUUCUGGCAAGCCUCUUGUAACAAAUAGAGAAGGUGUUCCGUUGGACAGCGCUGGAAGAGCCCUACCAACAAACGGUGAUGGCCACUAUAUUUUCCCGGGAACAAGACGAGACAGUUUGUUGCUCCCCACUGAUUCCAGCGGAAAACCGGUGUAUAGCGUAGUCGGACCUGAUGGAGAACUUCUUUCCACGGAUACGUCUGGUGUUGUUGUUGAUUUGUUCGGAAGACCAAUACCAACCGACAGAACCGGAAGGCCUAUAGACGCGAACGGAACACCGCUUCCAACAGACGGAAACGGCCGGUUUCUGAUUGACAAGGAGAAGCUACAGAAAACUUUACCAACGGAUGUACGAGGAGAAUACAUAAUUCCGAUUAUUGGGGCCGAUGGUGAACCACUGCCAACCGAUCGGGCCGGAAAUGUAGUUGAUCCGUACAGUCGACAAAUCCAAAAAAAUAACCAGGGCCUACCGGUUGAUCGAGAAGGAAAUGUAUUGCCAACAAAUGAAUAUGGUUAUUUCGUUUAUCCAGUGCUAGGACCCGAUGGUAGCCCUCUGCCAACUGACGUGCACCGAAGGCCAGUUUAUACAGUAGUUGCAAAAGGCGACGGUGAACCGUUACCCACGGAUUCAAGGGGAACUGUCGUUGAUUCUAAUGGCCGGCCGAUUCCAACGGAUAAAUCUGGACGGCCACUUGGUCCAAAUGGGUACCCAUUAUCGACUGAUGGUUAUGGCCGAUUUGUCCUGGAUGAAGGGGAAAAAGUCUUACCGAUGGAUGAACAAGGACAAAUGGUCUAUCCAGUGAUCGGCCCAGACGGUGAACCACUUCCAGUCGAUGAAUCUGGACAUCAUAUAGAUGCUUUUGGUAGGCCAGUACCGACAAAUGUCGAGGGCUUACCGGUUGACCAAGAUGGAGUUGUACUGCCGACCACACAUGAAGGAAAUUACAUCUUUCCGGCACUGGGUCCUGAUGGCCGUCUCGUACCAACCGAUCGGAGUGGGAAACCGGUUUAUAAUGCCGUUGGACUGGAUGGUAGGCCGCUGCCAACUGAUAGCCGUACUGGAGUACUUCUCGGACAUGACGGACAUCCAGUACCAACUGACCGAUUUGGAAAACCGAUUGGCUCUGAUGGAUCACCACUUCCUACCGAUGAAUAUGGGCGAUUCCUCAUUAGCAAAGAAAAACUUGAUGCACAUACAUUGCCAACGGAUGAAACUGGACGUGUUCUUUAUCCAGUAAUCGGUCCAGAUGGUAAAAUACUACCAACAGACGAGUCCGGUGCAAGAAUUGAUGAGUUCGGACGACCGGUACCAACAAAUGAAGAGGGACUGCCAGUGGGCAGUGAUGGAAACGUAUUGCCAACUGAUGACCGGGGCUACUUCAUUUAUCCGGCCGUUGGUCCUGACGGCAAACCUCGGCCAACCGAUAAACAUGGAAGACCUGUGUAUGUUGCUCUAGGGCCUGAUAGAGAACCGCUUGCAACUGAUCAAACGACUGGAGAGCUCGUGGGGCCUGACGGAUUGCCGAUACCAACCGAUAAAUAUGGAAGACCCGUUGAUGCCGAAGCAUCCCCCCUACCAACUGAUGAAUACAAGCGAUAUCUUAUCAGUGCGGAAAUAAUCAAAGCCAAGACCUUACCAACUGACGAAACGGAACAAGUAAUGCGCCCAGUAAUCGGACCAGAUGGCGAACUGCUGUCAACUGAUGCAUACGGUGCUGUAGUUGAUUGGUCCGGUAAACCGAUCCCAACAAAUGAAUAUGGUUUUCCGGUUGAUAGCUAUGGAAAUGUGCUGCCAACGAGUGAUGACGGAUAUUUCAUGCAUCCUGUUAUCGGUCCUGACGGCCGGUUGCUGCCCACUGACAGGCAAGGAAAACCAAUAUAUCCAGUGGUUGGUCCUGACGGCAGAUAUUUGCCCACAGAUAAAAUAUCAGGAAUUGUUUUACAUCCUGAUGGAAAACCCGUGCCAACUGACAAGUCAGGCAGACCCGUGGACAGUUAUGGAAGGCUAUUACCCACUGAUGUAUAUGGUCGUUACAUCAUUCGCAAAGCAAAGCUAAGGCCUGAAGUCUUGCCAACCGAUGGAUCUGGACAUAUUAUCUACCCUGUUAUUGGCCCGUAUGGCGAACCCAUGCCUACAGAUGCAUCCGGUGCGAUGAUCGAUAAAUUUGGUCGACCAAUACCGACCAGUGAAGAUGGUUUACCUCUUGAUGGUGAUAGAAAAGUUCUACCUACGGAUGAUAGUGGGUACUUUGUAUAUCCGGCUAUUGGCUCAGAUGGUAGUCCACUUCCGACCGACGAAAAUGGAGUACCAGUGUACUUUGCAAUCGGGCCCGACAGCGAACCACAACCAACGAUUCAGAGAACAAAAGUUCUCUUAGGAUAUGAUGGUAGGCCAGUACCAACUGACGGAUCAGGUAGACCCGUUGACGCUUAUGGAAAACCACUUCCCACAGAUGAAUAUGGCCGACACAUAAUCCACAAAGAGAAGAUGAAGCCAGAAAUCUUGCCAACCGAUAAUUCUGGGCGUAUAAUUUACCCCAUUAUCGAUGCUAACGGCGAACCAUUGUUAACUGAUGCCACCGGUCGGAAGAUCGACAAAUUUGGACGCCCAGUACCCACAGAUGAAAACGGGCAUCCGGUUGACACCAGUGGCAAUGUUUUACCAACAGAUAGUGAUGGUUACUACUUGUAUCCAGCUCUUGGUCCAGAUGGUAGCCCACUUCCAACAAGUGAAAGCGGAAAACCGGUGUACAUUGCGGUUGGACCAGAUGGCAAAUUGUUACCUGUGGAUAGGAAAACAGGAAUGAUUUGGGGUCCUAAUGGAGAACCACUGCCAACCGACCAGUAUGGGAAACCAGUAGGAGCCGAUGGAUCUCCACUUCCAACUGAUGAUCGUGGGCGGUUUGUAAUUGGACGGAAAAGAAUCAAGGAGAUGUUACCAACUGACGAAACAGGUCGUGUUCUAUAUCCAGUUAUUGGUCCGGACAGUAAGCUGCUGGCAACUGACAGUGCUGGUGCAUAUAUUGACAGGUUUGGAAGACCCGUUCCUACGAACGAAGUUGGAGUUCCGAUUGAUUUCGACGGGAACGCCUUAUCAGCAAACGAUGAUGGCUAUUUCAUUCAACCGGCUGUUGACUGGGACGGCAGACCUUUGCCAACGGAUACUAGUGGUAAACCGGUAUACAAGGUAGUAGGACCGGAUGGUAAAUUGCUUCCGACUGACAACACCGGUGUAGUUAUGGAUCACAGAGGAAAACCGCUGCCUACUGAUAACUACGGUAGACCAAUAGACAGCAGUGGUAAACCGAUGCCAACAGAUAGCCGUGGUCGUUAUCUAAUGGGCCGGAUAGCAGCUCCAAGACCAACCGGUGAUAGCAGGCAUGUCAUUUAUCAAAUAAUUGGUCCAUAUGGAGAGCCACUACCAACAGAUAGUUCCGGCAAACAUCUCGACAGUUUCGGGCAUCCGAUUCCAACCAGCCAGUCCGGUUUGCCGGUUGACAGCGAGGGUCGAGUGUUACCAACAGAUGAAAACGGUAAUUACUUGUAUCCUGCAGUAGACGUCGACGGAAAACGAUUACCUACCGAUGUACACCUGCGGCCAGUUUAUACUGUUUUGGAUCCAGAUGGAGAGCCUUUGCCAACGGAUGAUUCAGGUUUAGUGGUAGAUCUUGAUGGUAGACCAAUUCCAACGGACACUUACGGUCGACCCAUUGAUAGUGAAGGUGCUCCACUGCCCAAAGACGAUCAGGGCCGUUACAUGUUGGGCGAAGACGAGAUUCUUAUGCGAGUGCUACCAACUGAUGAAACCGGACGUAUUCUGUAUGCAGUUGUUGGGUCGGAUGGCCACUUACUUCCAACUGAUAGUUCCGGAACAAGUAUUGAUAAACUCGGAAAAUCCAUUCCGACAAACGAUGCCGGUCUGCCUGUCGAUUACCGUGGAAGAGUGUUUCCUACGGAUGAUAAAGGCCGCUACAUAUUUACAGAGGUUGGACCAGAUGGAAUCCCGCUAGCUACUGAUAUCAACCGACGACCAGUCUACACCGUAAUUGAUUCAAAAGGCCGUGUUCUGCCAACCGAUGAAACCGGUGCAGUGGUGCGACGCAACGGUCAGCCAAUUCCAACAGACGAUGCUGGGGUUCCAGUCAGUCGCGAAGGAAGGCCAUUACCAACCGAUUAUUAUGGGAGAUAUGUAGCAGACAAGAAAUUGGCAGAACUUGCAACCGAUGCUUCCGGUCGUGUGGUUUAUCCAGUAGCGGGAGCGGAUGGUCAGUUGUUAGCGACUGAUAGCUCUGGUGCUCACGUCGAUACGUUUGGACGUCUAGUGCCAACAAACGAUGAAGGAUUUCCUGUUGACCAACAAGGACAAGUUCUACCAACCGAUAAAGCCGGCUACUACAUACAUGCAGAAGUUGGUCCAGAUGGUAGUCCACUACCAACAGAUGUACAAAAACGGCCGGUAUACCAUGUAAUAGGACCGGAUGGAGAAUUGCUACCAACUAGUGAAACUGGUGCAGUUGUUGGCCCGGACGGUAAACCGGUUCCAACAGAUAGUUCUGGGAAACCAGUCGGCCCCAGUGGGUCACCCCUGCCGACCGAUGUUCGAGGCCGCUUCAUAAUUGCUGGUCGCCAAAAAAUAACAGAAGUUCUACCAACUGACGAAAGUGGCCACCCGCUAUAUCUUGUUGUAGAUCCCCGUGGAAAACUAUUACCAACCAAUCAGUACGGUAGCUAUGUGAGUCCAAAUGGACGGCCAAUAGAAACUGAUGGUGAAGGACAACCUCUUGGACCAGAUGGUCUGGUUCUGCCAAAGGACAGUGAAAAUCGUUACGUUUAUCCGAUUAGUGUACAUCUUUCGGCAACUGAUGAUACUGGAAAACCGGUUUAUCCGGUAAUUGGGCCCGACAGACAACUCCUGCCAACCGACUGGUCAGGUGCACGUAUUCUUCCAGAUGGUCGAGCGAUACCAACAGAUUCUAAUGGUUUGCCACUGAGCAGCGAAGAUGGUUCAGUGCUUCCAACAGAUUCCAGUGGACGUUACCACCUAACGAAAGAAACCAUUAUUGGUAAAGUGCUGCCGACAGACGAAGAUGGCUUUUUCGUAUAUCCGUUCAUAAGACCUGAUCCAGAAACUGUUUCAGCCCCCUACAUACCAACAACUACUGGACCUUCCUCGUUCUUGAUUCUGCUUCCGAAUGGUCGUCCUCUACCAACUGAUAGCACUGGUGCAUACAUUGAUGACAGCGGACGGCGCGUAGUUCAUAUCGACAAAAAUGGACGUCCGGUGAUCACUGCCGAUGGAAGACCACUUCAGAAAAUGGCAGAUGGUAACUACCUGUAUCCUUAUGAAACCACGACCACACGAAGAGGAAGGCCAGGUUUCGUAAUUGUUAACAAAGACGGAAGACCACUCCCUACCGAUUAUUCGGAACAGUACCUGGACCCAUAUGGUUACCCGAUACGUACGGAUAACAGUGGUGUACCAGUUGACAGAAGCGGAAAGCCGCUGGCAAAGGACGAACGUGGCAGUUAUGUGUGGACGAUGGACGAAUCAACAACGCAAGGGCGACUCUACCCAACGAUAUCUCCAAGACUUAGUCAAUCACCGUACUGCACUGUGAAUGCGAAUGCCGAUUUGUUGCUGGUUUUGGAUGCUUCAAGCAAUGUUAAAGUUGUGGAUUACCGCGUCAUGAAAGAAUUUAUCGAGAAUUUCUUGCUUAAACAUGUUAAUUUACAUCGCAAUUUUAUAAGAGUCGGAGUCAUCAAAUACGGCGAUAAGGUGCAAAUCCCUGUAUCAUUGGGUGAUUACAACAGUCCAGCUCAACUUCUAUCGAAAAUUAGUGAAACGAGACGGAUGCGUGGGCCUGCUCAUCUUGGUGAUGCUUUACGCGAUGCUUCCGGAGAAUUCCUGAUUUCUGGUGCAAAGGAUGUGCCGCGAAUCGUAAUGAUAUUCUCAAAUGGUCGAUCCAGGUACCAUAGUGCUUCAAGUUAA